AUGAAAAUCGCAGUGGCGCUAAGCAAAGCGCCCCAGGCGCCGGCGAAGAGUUUGGAAGAGGCUCCAGUGUGGGACUCCAAAGAAGGACCUGCAGGACUUGAUCAAAGCUUCACGUCCUGCACGAGAUCUUCGGCGAGAUCUUCAAGCAGUACGCGAGGAGAGUCGGUGGAGGUGAACGGAGACGGCGGUGAUGGGCCACUCUCGGCGAGGGAGCUCGGCCAAAGCCCGGCGAGGGAGCUCGCCACAGUGGCCACGGCCACGCCUCCGCCGAACACCGCGGUUCCUUCCAGAACGGAGCCGAACAACCGGCGUCCCACGGAGACGUCGAGCCCCGGGAGCAUUUCCACGGGCCUCUUCCAGGCAGACCGCCAGUGGGAGGCCCUGGAGGGUGGUACGCUUGCGGUUCAGCGUGGCACCUGCGUUUGGGUGCUGCAGCUGGAUCCCAACAGCGACUGGGCCCUGGGACAAGUUUUCAAGGACUGGUCGAUGCAGAGCGAUGCUGGCUGGGUCCCUCGCUGCGUGCUGACGCUGGCGCUCUUCCGGGUGUACAGUCCCUACGACUCCUCGGAGCACGCGGAGGUCCAAGCUUUGGCCUUGAAGCCCGGCGACCUCGUGACCGUGCAAAGCUUCGGCAACGGCUGGAGCUACGGCAACCGCGUGGGGCCCGGCGGCACCGUGGAGGCCUCGGGCUGGUUCCCGCAGACCUGCAUCUUCCAGCCGCUCCCGCUGCAAUGA